CCUCCUGGAGGACGGAGCUGCAGCGGAGCCUGAAGAGAAAUGGCGACAAAAUCCCUGUGAAAAGCGACAUCACAGUAAAUCCGAGGCGGACGUGGCGGCGGGGAGUCUGCGGGUCGAGUGGCCGGAGGAAGCGAACCCCCAGCGGCUGGAGAUUAGCAGGAGCAGCCGCUCCCCUGCAGCUGGUAUCUGAGGCUGUCAGGCUUCCCACCUGUGAGAGGGCUGAUGUCAGGAGUCUGGGAUUCUAUUAUCUGCAACACACACACACACACACACACACACUCACACACAAACACACACACACACAAAAGGCUGACAGCCAUUCACACAUAAAUAUGAAACGUCAGGACUGAAAGUCACGGCUGUCAGGUUUUAUGCAGAUUAGCUUUUCAAGCUUUUAAUGUUUACUGCACCUUUCACAUUAGCAUCAAACACACACACACAGACACACACGCGGGUCGUCCAAGUCACAGAAAGCCUUUGUUCUCAAACCCUCCGUGGUACACCCGUCACUCCUCGGGGGGGAUUUAGUCUCUGAGCUGGAAACACAGACUUGUUUCCUCAUCAGCUCACACACGGCUCUGGAUCCUCAUUAUUUAUUCAUGCACUCACAGCAAGUCAUCAACUGUCCAUGCUGCUGAAAGCACCUGUUGCCUAAAGCCCCUGCACCUGCACCUGCCUCUAACCUCUAACCUUUAACCUUUAAGCCUGGGUGAUAAUAUCCCACCCUGUUGAGCUCGGACCUCUAUCAUCAAACCCAAAUUCAUUCAACCCAUGUUCACUAGAUAAGAGUUGGACCCCAGAAGGGGCCUCCUGUAGCCCAGGGCCGUUCACAGAUCGGUUGGGGCCUCUGGGAGGGCCGGGUGGAGGGUUCGGUGGUGGCAGACGAUCAGACCCCUCAGUCAUGGUGUCCGGGGUGCAGCCGUGCUUCCAGCUGCUCCGGAUCGGUGCGUCGACGGGCGACUCGGCACGGGACCUGUACACGUUCAGGCCGGCCCUGAGCCACUCGGUGUUCCGUCUGGGCCGGGCGGCGGAGCUGUGUGACGUCACGCUGGACUCCACGACGGUGUCACGCAUCCACGCCGAGCUGCACGCAGAGAGGGAGGCGGGCGGAGGGGCCGCGGUGCCGCAGGAGGAGGGCUGGAGGGUCCACAUCAAGGACAGGAGCAGUCAUGGCACCUGGGUCAACGAGGUCCGCCUCCAGUCUGGCGUCCAGUGGGAGCUCUCAGAUGGCGACACGCUGACCUUCGGUGGCGAGUCGGCUCCAGGGAGCCCCGAGUUCUACUUCCUCUUCCAGAAGGUCAAAGUUCGCCCGCUGGACUUCGAUGCCAUCACAAUCCCGAAGGCAGGAACCUUUUCCUCUGACUUGCAGAACCGGAUCCGAACGAACCAGGACCGCAAGGUGGAGGCCAACCUGGACCUGUCCAAGCUGUCAAUCAACCGGGCCACCGUCAUCCUCAACUCCAUCGGCAGCCUCAGUAAGAUGAGUGGCAGCGCCUGGACCUUUAAGAGAAGCUACAGCCACGAGGGAGCUGUUUCAGACCCAGGCUCCUCCUCCUCCACACCUCCGCUCGCCGUUAGCUUCUCCGCUCUGCUCCCUCCCUCCACCCCUCCAUCGUUCUCCUCGGCAGCUUCAGUGCCUUCAACAAAGUCCAUCCAGCCGACCUCCAGGAGCCGGAGGAAGUCGGCUCACACGGUGCUCCUCGAGGACGACAGCUCAGACGAGCCCAGGAGUCGAGGAGUUCUGACGGGAGUUAAGGAGGACGGACAGAAACCGAAAGGGAAGAAGAGGCGGCGGCUCUACAAGUCUGAGUCGGAAGGUUUCAGCUCACCUCCUCCUCUGCCGCUGCAGCCCAAGAGCCACACUGACGUCCGGAGGCCCCUGGAGGCCAAGCCCUUCCCUGUGGGCAUCAGGACCAUUGGCAGCUUCCAUGGCGCCAUGACGAACAGCCGACUCAACCACCACCUCCUUCAGGCGUCGUUCACCAGCGCCGCGGUUCACAAACAGGACGUGCAGACGAUGCACCGCAUCAAGACGGUGGUGCAGGGCAACCUCGGCGCUUUCCGCCAACAGAAACCCGCCCACAGCUCGCCGACGGCACAGAGGGGCCGGCGGAGGGCCCACAGCUCUCCAGUUUUCUCUCCCCUGGUGGUGGGAGGGGAGAACUACAGCCUGGCGUCGCCCUCAGUGAGGAUCCACACGGAGGAAAGAGGAAGAGUCCCGUUCAACAGGUUUAACCAUCUAACUAGCAAGCGACGAGGCCGCCCAAGAAAAAACCCUCUUCCUCCGCGGCCCUCCCUGCCCUCUCCAUCCUCCUCAUCCUCCUCUUCAACCUCCUCAGCCUCGUCCUCCUCCUCUGGCUCCUCCUCUUCCUCCUCAGAAGAUGAGGAUGAUGAGGACGACGAAGAGACCACAGUCGGGACAGUGGAGCCGUGUGCGGCGCAGCGGUGCCGGCUGCCCCAGCAGGACACGGUGCAGUGGAUCCAGUGUGACGUGUGCGACGCCUGGUUCCACAUAGACUGUCUGCAUGUCGACCGCAAGAAGCUGCUUGUGGACCCGACCGCUGACUUCCACUGCGGCUGUCGCUGACUGGACAGAGCUGUGACCAUGAAAUGAAAUAAAUGCUCCAGUUUAGACUUUAUAAGUUUCCACAUAUCCCAUAAAUGUUUAAUUCCUUCAAACUCACACGGAAACAGGCUGCUACUUCCUCUGAGGGCCCAGGCUGCUCUUCUCAAGCAUGCAGGGCUUAUCUUCACCCUCGUCAGCAGCUGGCGAGGGCUGGAUAAUACUUCCCUUCAGACUUUUAGGCCUCGAUCUGUCCAGGUUGGAGGAUUCGUGUGCUGACAGUCAAACAAGUGCUUCCACAAACCUGCUGUUGAGUCAGUUUCAGGGUUCAGAUUUAGAGGCAGGAGACAGAACUGUGAUGAAAUGUCUCGGGUCAGAUUUCAUUAUGGCCUCGUCUGCCUGGAGAGUUCUGAUCAGGGUGGGGGGGGAGCAUGAUGAAAUGUCUCCUGGUAGACUCCCAUCGUGGCACCGGGGGGGCAGGUGGCGGUCAGGAGGAUUGAUGAAAAGUGUUGGCCCACAGCAGCCGACUCUACAAGGUGAUUAAACUCUUCGGUGUCUCCGUGUGGCCUCCCGCACUGUUUUACAAAACAGCUCAAUUUUUCAGAGCAGAACUGGACCUUCCAGCUUCCCCUACCUCUGCCAAAGAAAACAGCGCUGGGACGCCGCUUUCCCCCCUCGCCAAUAAUCAAACUGGAUGAGAUGUUUCAGUGCAGCUUUCCUGGGUGGCAGCAGCUGUCGCGGAGUGGGCGUGUGAUGUUUCAAGAUAAUUAAACGGCAGGAAAUGUGUCAGCAGACGUCUGUUGUUGCUGCUGAUGAGAAGUGCUCUCGAGACUGUAAUCAAAUGUUUGAAGGCGCUCCUGCAGAGGCAGCUGCGUGGGUGUUUUUAUAAGAAGUCUGAACGCAGCCUGGCACUGGGGCUGCCGCUGCUCUGGGAGGAGUCAUUAGUGAAAUGUCAUGAAAUAUCUGCUGCUGGUGCAACAGGAUGAAAGGAUUCAGAUUCUGUUGGGUUCAAUCUGUGGCUGGGACCACACGACUACGUUUUACCCUGUUACGCCUGCCGUCGACUCGAUUCCCAUUGAGUGUGAGGACAGAAAUCAGAAGUUUGAAAACUCUUAACGACCCCGUUUUGCACUAGUGUGGACGGUGGAGGGGGUUUUGGUUUUGCAGCUAAAACGUAGUCGUGUGGCUGAAGCCUUCAUGUUGAUCUCCUCACAUCACACUCCACCUUCUCAAGUGUCUUCUCACCACUGAACCAGACGAUGCUUCUGUCCUGGUUGAAAUGUGCCGGACCCGGAGGAGUCGUUCUCCACCACUGGACAAUUGAUGCAUCUUCACUCGGGUGCUAGAAUAAAAUCUAAAUGUAUAACUCUUA